AUGCCGCAGCUACUGGAUGCGCACAAUCCAACCGAGGACUGGACCGGCGUGACCAGCGCAGCCACCAGGAGAAAGCUGCAGAACCGCCUCAACCAGCGGGCCCAUCGACGUCGGAAGCAAGCUGACGUUGAGGCGGCACAGCACCAUUUACAGCAUUGGGAAAUGGGUGGCCAACAACGCAAUGGAUACAUCAACGAGCAAAUGGCCCUGCGAGUAGUAGCAGGGGGUUUCAUGCUGGUCUGCCCCGUGAGACGCGAACGCGUCCACAGCCUGGCACGGAAAGCAUAUGAGGCCUACAGCCUCCGCUCCCCACGGCCCAGCAACCUGCCCGCCCUGAUCCGGAUCAACAUCCUCAACGCAGUGGCGCGCAACGCCUCCGCCCUCGGCUUUCCAGUUGAGGGCCUAUGCCACGACGACUUCAUCUCGCCCUUCAACCAGCUGGGCCCCCACGUGCCCAACUCACCCAUACUGUCCUGCCCGGCAAGCCUUCGACCAACCGAGCUGCAGCUGGCCGUGACGCAUCACCCCUGGAUCGAUCUGUUCCCUGUGCCUCGCAUGCGCGACAACGUGCUGAGCGCGGUGGUGGCCGGUCUCGUCGACGAAGACGAGCUGUGUGCCGACCUCGUGAACACGGACGAGGGCCACACAGAGAGGCCGACUCUUAUCGUCUGGGGAGAGUCGUGGGAUCCUCUCGGCUGGGAGGCCACAGUCCCGUUCUUACGCAAGUGGGGUUGGCUAACGCGUGGAUGUCCAGAGAUCUGGGCGGCAACGAACACCUGGCGCGAGACGAGGGGCGAGAAGAGGCUUGUGUUUGGAGCCGGUUAG